AUGGAUGAGCAUGGUCCGGUCCCUUCUGCCAACGACACUUGCUUCCCUGGGCAGAGGUCUUGGUGGUGCCACGAACUGCAGAGAUCGGAGCAGCUGCUUCUGGUUUCUGUUCCUGUUACUUGUGAGACGGGCUGGCAAGGUUUGAUUGCAUAUGGAUGUCAUUCUCUUGUGCUGGUAGUUGAUGCCAAUACCGCUCAGACUUUACAGGUUUUGGAAAGACACAAAGCUAGUGUUGUCAAGGUUAAAUGGGCUAAAGAAAAUUACCAUCACAAUAUAGGCUCUCCAUAUUCUUUACGUUUAGCUUCUGCUGAUGUUACUGGAAAAAUAAUUGUAUGGGAUGUGGCAACAGGAACAGCUCGUUGUGAAAUACAGGAACAUGCAAAACCAAUUCAAGACAUGCAGUGGUUGUGGAAUCAGGAUGCAUCCAGAGAUUUACUGCUUGCAGUUCAUCCACCGAACUAUAUUGUACUGUGGAAUGCAGACACGGGCACCAAACUUUGGAAGAAAAGUUAUGCUGAAAAUAUCCUGUCUUUUUCAUUUGACCCCUUUGAUCCAUCACACUUGGCUUUGCUCACCAGUGAAGGAAUAGUCUUCAUCUCUGACUUCUCACCUUCCAAAGCUCCUGCCAGCUCAGGGAAGAAAGUUUACAUCUCUAGUCCCCAUUCCAGUCCUUCUCACAACAAGCUGGCUGCUGCUACCGGGGCCAAAAAGGCCCUUGAUAAAGUAAAAAUCUUAAUCAGUAAUGAAAAACCAAGUGCUGAAUCUGUAACACUCAAUGACUGUCUUCAGUUGUCAUAUCUGCCUUCCAAAAGAAACUACAUGCUGUUAUUGUAUCCCAGAGAAAUUUUGAUUCUUGACUUGGAAGUGAAUCAGACAGUGGGUGUGAUUGCAAUUGAAAGAACAGGCGUGCCUUUCUUACAGGUAAUUCCUUGUUUUCAGCGUGAUGGGUUAUUUUGCCUACAUGAAAAUGGUUGUAUAACUUUAAGAGUUCGCAGAUCUAAUUGCAGUAUAACUGGAACUCCAAAUGAAGAGCCAGAUCCAGACCCAGUUCAGGAGCUGAUUUAUGAUUUAAGAAGUCAGUGUGAUGCAAUCAGGGUAACAAAAACAGUUCGACCCUUCAGUAUGGUGUGUUGCCCAGUGAAUGAGAAUUCUGCAGCUCUCAUAGUCAGUGAUGGCAGGGUAAUGAUCUGGGAAUUAAAGUCCAGUAUUGCUGGCAGAAAUAUGCGUAACAGCAGUUCAAGUGCAUCACCUUUGUAUUCCCCAGUCUCGUUCUGUGGAAUUCCUGUAGGAGCAUCCCAAAAUAAACUUCCAGACCUCUCAUUAGACAGCAUGAUUGGGCAAAGCACAAUUGCUGGAGAAGAACAGUUAAAGAGUCCUUUCCUGCAGGAAGUGCACCUCAAAUUUCUGCUGACUGGACUUCUGUCAGGGCUGCCUCUGCCUCCCUUUGCUAUUCGAAUGUGCCCACCUCUUACAACAAAAAACAUCAAGCAGUAUGAACCAAUCCUUGCUGUUGGUACAAGUAAUGGCUCUGUCCUGGUGUUUCAUCUUACAAGUGGACUCUUACACAAAGAAUUAAGCAUCCACUCCUGUGAAGUCAAGGGAAUUGAGUGGAUAAGCUUGACUGGGUUUAUUUCCUUUGCCACAUCAACACCUAACAAUCUGGGACUAGUGAGGAAUGAGCUCCAGCUUGUGGACCUACCAACAGGCAGGAGCAUUGCAUUUCGUGGGGAGCGAGGUAAUGAUGAGCCAGCUAUUGAAAUGAUAAAGGUGUCUCAUUUGAAGCAGUAUCUAGCUGUAGUAUUUAAAGACAAACCUCUGGAGAUCUGGGAUGUCAGAACAUGCACUCUGCUCAGAGAAAUGUCUAAAAACUUCCCUAUAGCAACCGCUUUGGAGUGGUCACCUUCUCACAACUUAAAAAGCCUGAGGAAGAAGCAGUUAGCAGCUCGUGAGGCCAUGGCCCGGCAGACAGUUGCAUCAGAUACUGAAGUUAGCAGUGUAGAAUCUUCUGUGAUCAGCUUGUUACAGGAAGCCGAAAGUAAAUCAGAGCUGAGCCAGAACAUUUCUGCCAGAGAGCACUUCGUGUUUACAGGUGCUGAUGGGCAGGUUUAUCAUCUCACAGUAGAAGGAAACUCAGUAAAAGACAGCGCAAGAAUUCCUCCUGAUGGAAGUAUGGGUAGCAUUACAUGUAUUGCCUGGAAAGGAGAUACCCUGGUUCUUGGAGAUGUUGAUGGAAACUUAAACUUCUGGGAUUUGAAAGCUAGAGUAUCCAGGGGAAUUCCUACACACCGAAGCUGGGUUAAAAAGAUACGUUUUGCCCCAGGGAAAGGAAAUCAAAAACUUCUUGCAAUGUACAACGAUGGAGCAGAAAUUUGGGAUUCAAAAGAGGUACAAAUGGUGAGCAGUUUAAGGAGUGGAAGGAACGUCAAUUUCCGCAUCCUGGAUGUGGACUGGUGCACUUCAGACAAAGUGGUCUUGGCAUCAGAUGAUGGGUGCAUUCGAGUUCUAGACUUGUCCAUGAAACCGUCAUGUUUUAGAAUGGAUGAACAGGACUUAAUAGAACCUGCAUGGUGCCCCUAUCUGCUUGUUCCAAGGGCUUCAUUAGCUUUAAAAGCAUUCUUGUUGCAUCAGCCAUGGAAUGAGAAAUACUCUCUAGAUAUUAUAAACACUGAUUAUCCAGAGAAUGAAAAUAUUAAAAACCUCCUUCAAGAGCAGUUGAAUUCAUUGUCCAA